GCUUGAUUUACCUCAACACGCACAUCGGGAAGCCACUUCGUUAUGCGCCGCCUUCUUCUCUCCCGUACCCUGGCAUCGGUAUGCGGACUGCGCUGCAUUUCGGCGAAUGACUCGGACAGCGAGCGUCUCGAGCGUUUGCAGGAGCAGGUAAAUGGAAUCAAGGCAACUCUGAAAGCCAUGGAAGAAAGCAAGAGGGCCAACGGUCUGGUUCGCCUGUACGGAACACAGAAAUUAGCAAAGUUGGAUAUCAAACGAAUCUUGGCCAUUUUCAAUGGAAAAACGUCCCACCCACCUAUAUUCUGUCAUAAGACACUUCCAAUUGUCUUGGCACACUUCAUCUCAGGUCUUGACACACUUCCUGCUGGCCUCAACGCAAUGCCAUCUAUACUUGCCGUCCGUGGAACACUUCUGCGCUCUUUUCAGAAACUGGUCAGCUGCGAUAUCCCCGUAACGUACGAUCAAAUACAGUUUUUUCGCAGAGUUCUAGAGGACAUCGACGAAGAGCAUGCUGAACGCGAUCUUUUGCAGACGAUGGCAUUCGGAAUUCUGGAGCUGAAAGACGAUCUUUCAAGACACCGAAAGGCGUUGUUGGAGCUCAAGACGACGUCUGAACGCUGGUCUGACCUUCCCAUCUCGGAGGAGCAAGUACUUCCGUACGAAGAGCUCGCGGAUGCUCAGGCGCCCUUGGACGCGGUAAAUCGGUCCAUGGUAAUGUACAACUUCAUCUCACGCAUGUUCCUCAACAGCGACUCUGAGGCCGCUACAGGAGAGAAACGCUGCAAGGUGGGAAUGGUAGACCUCGAGAUCAACCUCGAAAACGUCGUUCGCAACGCGGUACAUGAGGCGAAGCAAAUCUGCACUGACCACUACGGCGACUGCCCUGACGCGGAAUUUGUUAUCACCUCGGAGUCGAAGAUGUUCAAGUUCCCGUUCAUGAGCACGACUAUCCGUUAUAUAAUACUGGAGCUCAUGAAAAACGCCUUCCGCGCUACAGUGGAGGCUCAUAUGAAGCGCAACUCCAUGGGUAUGAUAACUUGCGACGACAUGCCUCCUGUUCGCGUACUGAUCAACCUUCAAGAAGGCAUCGAGCACGCGUGCAUUUGCAUUUCUGACGAAGGAAAAGGGAUGACGGAGGAGGCGCUUGGGAUGGCCAUGGCAUACUCCUACACGUCAGUGAGCAAACCGGCGAUGGACUUAAAAGACGGUGUUGGUACUACCUCUUCGGAGCCGUCGGCGCUAGCUGGUUACGGUUACGGUCUUCCGAUGUCCAGAGUGUAUGCCCAGUCGUUAGGCGGUGACCUUGUGCUGCAGACUAUGGAGGGCUACGGUACUCGUGCAUACUACUACAUCAAAAUUGCGUAG